AUGGCAUCCGUUGCUCAGCCUUGGCUGUUUUCAAAAUUCAUUGACCCCGUCUUCGCUAUCUGCGUUGGGCUUUCUGCAGCGGCACUGCGCAUCCAACGUGAGCAACGCGAGAAAUACCCUCAAAAGGAUUCCAGCUUUCCUGCACUGUGGCAGAAAGGUCGCAAGAUGAAUAAAAUCUAUUGGGCGAAGUGA